AUGCAGCAGAACACCGAAGUGGUUGGAGCAGGAGAAUUGCCCGAAUUGCCUUUGCUCGCAGAUCAGGUCUUAUGCAACAACCACCAGUGCAAUUUGAUCUUCACAGAUGCGAUACAAGCAGCUCCCAGGGUUGAGGAGACUGGUGGACGACUCAUUGCAAACCUCUACGCAGGGUGCCUGUUCCUUCGCAUGGCUGGACACUUCUUGAAGCUAGUAGGCUCCCUCCAGGUCUAUAUUAAGGACCCCAGCUUUUUCAAAUGGAACCAGAAUCCUUCGGCUUCCGAUUUGCAACGUGGCCGAAAAUUCCGGGAAGAGCUUUCAUCCUAUUUGAAGGCGAAUCUUUGUCACAACGAUCGCCAGAUGGCCGCAAGCCCAGGUGUUCGGGACUGGAGGAAAAUUGAGGCCGACAUACAACACUGCUUCAGUCAUGUCUUGAAUGGUUGCGGCUGGGAGCGCGGGGUAGUGGUCCACCAGUGCUUGGGCCCUGAAUGCUGCCGAACGCGGCAGGAUGCGGAGGCCAAGACAGUCGCAGCUGUCACACAAGUCCUUUUCAGGAUACUGCCAGUUCUGCCUCUGACAUCGGACUGGACCAAAGCGGGUCCGUCGCUGGACUUUUUUUUACGUACGGACUUCCACGGACUCCUCGAAUUCCUGCUGAAGAAAGCCACCUGGGCCCACAAGUUACCACAAAGGUCAGAGGACGUCGAGGCUGACACCCGUGUAGACUGGCGUGCGCUGGCCGGGCGCCGGUACCACCGCUUCUGCAAGGUGCUGGCGUCACCGGAAGAAAGAUUCCAAAGAACGCUGCUUGCAAUUGCCAUUGAGCCACUCCGGCAUUUGCACUCGAGGUUUUUGAAGUUUGCCCACACGGCGAUCGACGAGCAGUCCUGGCCCGUGCUGCUGCAGGAGUUGUGGGGUCCAUCCUCGAAGUACGUGGCGGUCAUGCAAUACAUGGCACGCCUACUUCAUGGAGAUGGCACCCGGUUGAUGCUCCUUGCAGGUUUGUCUGGCCACGAGUCAAUCGAAACUUGGGUUCUGGACUGCCCUUCAGAGGCAGCUGCUGCCAGGUGGUUUUUCUUGCUGCACGCACUGAUCCUGAAGUUGACAGUGGCAGCCGUGGAGCGGAGGCAUGCCACCCACAAAAGUUUGGCAGACCCGCAAAGUCCGUGGUAUUGCUUUUGUGCCCACUCCCUUCUGGCCGAAGCCCGCCACCAAGGGCAGGCGAUCGACCGCUUGGAGCAGGAGCGGGCGGCACGCUCCUUCCAGCAAGCUGUUGAGCAGGGCACGGCGGCUGCCAAGGCAAAACCCGGGAAACGCAGUGUCAGUGCCGGUGCGGUAGACUCAAGCCGCCCGAAGCGUGCGAAGUCGCAAAGCCCUCUGGAGAUCUUCAGGUCUGACUGGCUGCGGCAAGAGAAGGAAAGAGGACACUUCUGGAACCCUGUCUCCAAGGAGUGCUGGUCUGCUGUGCGGGCUGAGUUUGCGAAUCUCAGCUCGGAGCGGCUUGCUGAGUUGAAGACUCGUGCUGCAGCAGGUCAAGUGAUUUCACAGAUGGCCCGGCUCGAUGCAGGGCAGCAGAAGCAGAAGGCUCCUGUCACCACUGCAGGUGGUUCCUCUAGGCCUGCUGAGGCCACUCCCAGUCCGGCCAGGACCAUGGCGGAUUCUUUGUCUGAACUCAUGGAGGAGGUUCAGAAUGCCGCAGCCGUGGGCCAUGGGGCAGCAUCGGUAUUGGCCGGUCCAAACUCACAGCGCUACCAGACCCCACCCUUUUCGAGCAGACUUGGUUGCCAGAGCUUGCAGAAGCCCUUGAUGGAAGAAGUUGGCACUGCCCAAGUCCGGGAGCAAUUUCCGAUUUCGCCGUUGAUGGUCAGGCAGCGCUUGCAGGCAGAAGGAUUCCGCAUGCAUGAAGAUGUCCGCACUUUCGCCAGGAUGUCCAGCCACAUCGCACCGGAAACUGCUUUCCCAGAGAAGGUAGAGUAUCCUGGCCAUUGUGGCAGCCUCUGCGUUUCAUGUAACAGCCAGCGCACACUGCGGUACCACCGCAAGCUUGUCGACAUGCUGCAUGCGAUUGUCAAAGACUUCAGCUCGAACGUUCGGCUGAUUUCACAAACUGGCUUGAUCCUUGCUGUGGAGACUCACACCCAGUUUCCUCCAAACCCAGGAACACCUCGGACUCCAGACCGUUUGCAGUUCUUUGCCAUCGGCUCUGCGGCAGGAAGACAGGCACAUCACCCUGCGCAGGUCAACUUCGCAGAGCUGGAGUUCGACUGUGGUCAACAGAAAGCCUCUAGACCAAGCCGUAGGCUGGCUUGUGUAACCGAAGAUGAGCUGGCCGCACGCAUGUGCUUUGUGGAUGAGGUUCCGGCUGAGUACACUCGCAUCACGCAGGUUGAAUGGACAUUUGCAGGUGUCCGUCUCGACAGUUACCUAUUGGGCAGUCUUGGCAAGACAUACGAAGUGCUGGCUGAGCCAGAGCAGCCAGAGCAUGUUGACGCAAACCGUGGCAAUGAACAUGUUGCAGGAGAUUCCAGCGACUUUGACAUUCUUGCGGAUUUGGCAGCAAGCAGGCCCAGAGCUGCCAAGCCGAAGUCUGUUCUGAAGAAGAGCAGACCAGUCCUUGCAGAUGCAACCUUGGGUCAGGGGGAUGGAGACGCAGCUCCUCGUGCAGAAGAGCUUCAAGACAUGGAGGCCGACCAUCGGCUGUUUUCAGCAGCGCCUGGUGACGCAGAUGGGGACUUGGAGCGAGAUGUAGCUGAGGAUGCCGAUGAUGGUCCUGGCCAUCCCGUCCAUGAUGUAAAUGCAGCUGCUAGUUCCAGCUCCGUUGCCAAUGCGCAUGCGCAGGUCGGUAACCCAGUUGAAGCUCAGCCUCGGCAGCUUGGGUUGGAGGGAAAUCCUGCGGAAAUUUACGACGAUGGCUGCUGGCACUACAGGCGGACCAGUGAUGGCUCUUCUGUGGGCAGGCUCCAUCACAUCGCAAGUUCUGCUGGUCCAUCAUUGAAAGCGACCUGCAAAUUGCACAGGUCGUGCUACAACAUGAUCAGCCUACCGCUUCAGGGUCAAAACCGAAGCCGCUUCGAGACGACUUCGGCCAGAUUGGGUCGACCUCCGAUCAUCGAAGAUGUGGAGAAGGAUCUCGUAAGUUGGUUGGCAAGUGGGCUUCAUCAGGAUGCACAGCAGCAUGAGCAAACUGCUCGUGAGAUCAGGUCCCAGCUCUGGGAUGUCAAAGUUCGGCAAAG